AGAUGCACUUGCAUCUGGACACGCAUCUUCUUUGCCUGGAUCCUGGUUCAAGUUUACGACGCGUAAUAUACUGCGCAGAUUUUCAUUCGGCUAGAGUGCAUACCGAGUAUUAUAAUACGUGGAGAUUCUGCUACGCAUAGCGCCAUGAUAGCUGUUACUAUCCUGCUCGUCCUGAUCAGCUGCUGCGCUGGCACCCCGCUGACAGCAGUUUGGCUGAGUCCAAUAGCGCCGGUGGGAUCCCUGGGACAAUAUGAGACUCGUGACGAUUUGGGCGGCUAUCAUUACGCUUACGCGGGGCCUCAUCAUUCCAAGGUGGAAACUCGUCUGGGCGGAACGACUCAAGGAGGCUACUCCUACAUCGACGCGAACGGGAUCCUACAGACUGUCGCCUACACAGCGAAUGCUCAAAACGGGUUCCGAGUGCAGGCCAGCAACCUUCCGCAACAGGCAAAAGAGGAACUGAGGCCAGUAGAGGACACGCCGGAAGUGGCAGCGGCGAAGCAGUCGCACCUUGAGGAGUUGCGGAAGGCCGAUCAGCAGGGUAGCAGCGUCUCUCCCCCGGCAUUCCUGGACUAUUUGAAUCCGGCGGGACAAGAUCUGGACAACAAGUUAGACGCGGAGAGAUCAGAUCUGGACAAAAACGGUUUCAUACUUUCGAAAACACAAGCAGACCAAAUUUCCAAAGGCAUACCAACGCUCGGUGAAAAACCGGAAGUCAUUCCCUUGAACCAGCCGCUGCAGCAGGACACUCAUCGCGUCCAGAGCUUCGCCCCGUUACCCCACAUCCCGCACUACGUUUUCCCAGUCGUCCCCUACAGGCUGAUGCACAGCUCGCUACGUCACACCCAGGACUCGCUCGGUCAGUACGACUACACGUAUGCUGGCGACACCAGCGCCAAAACCGAGUCCAGGUCCUUGGACGGGACAACCCGAGGUGCCUACAGCUACAUCGAUGCGAACGGACUCCUUCAGCAGGUCCAUUACAUCGCGGAUCACAACGGGUUCAGAGUCGCCGCCACGAAUUUACCGGAGGCUAAAUGAUUCGCGGUUGGAUUCAACUUUGCUCGCAGAGUAAUACGUUAUAUUGAAAAAAUUAUUCCCUUUCGCGUCUGAUCACUUUGUACUAUUUGAACUCGUUUUCGCAAUGGGGUCGUCUUUGGAAACCAUUUCUUAUCGUGCCAUUGAAUCUCUGUGAUUCC